AUGGAUUCCGAAAACCCCUCUCAGUCUAAGACAAGAGACAUUGCAACAUGGACUAAUGAAAUAUCACACUUUUUCCUAGAGUGUCUCUCACAGCAACAUAGACAUGGGAGAAAUGGAGACAAUGGCCUCAAGAGAGAGCAAUGGCAAGCAAUCUCACUCAAGAUUAAAGAUCGUUUUAACACAACUUAUGAAUGGGAGCAAUGCAAAAACCACUAUAGGAUAUGGAAAGCUAGACUGAAAGCAUUGUUUGACUUACAAAACAAUUAUGGAUUAGGUUGGAAUGCGAUAGAGAUGAGAUUUGAUGCACCACAACAUGUUUGGGCUGAGUUUAAGAAAAAGGAGCAAAAGUAUUGGAGAAAUACUAAAGUACUUCCCAUUUACUUAGAAGUUGCAGUAUGGUUAGGCAACGAACUUGCAAAUGGGAAUGCUUCAACCACCCCAGCACAAGCUGCUGCUGCAGUUGCUGGACUUGAUACCUUAGUCCUUAGUGAUGAUGGGGAGAGUCAAAAUGAAGAAACUACAACUCACACUCCUGUUGGAAGUUCCACUUGUAGACGUGGUAGACCUCAAUCAACAGGCACAAGUAAGCCACAGAAGAAGAAGAAGAAGAAGAAGAAGAAGCAAGGGGCUGAGAAAGUUGCAAGUCCUCUAAAAGCUAUUGCUGCAGCCAUCACGAAUAUGGUGCAGAAUGAUUCACAAGUAGCUUUGGGAGACAAAAUCAUUGAUGCAAUUGAUGUUAUCCCAGACAUUGACUUCCACAAGCAAGCCGUUGCCAAGUCUUUUUUUCUGGGAAAUAAAGACUUAGGCCUCGCCAUCAUACGAGCAAAGGUGGAAGAUAGGCUGGAAUUGGUGGACUUGUAUAUGUCAACAGCUGGGAGAACCAAUUAA